AUGGAAGAUUCUGAAACCGACGCAUUGUUGGGGAGCCCUUCGAUCAACGUUAUAUCGACAUCAGACAUAUGGCCUCAUAAAGGCAAGUAUUGGAAAAACCUCUUAGCCCUGAGCGUGGCGUUCACGUUCAAUUUCACUGCAUUCUCGUCACUUCAGAAUUUAGAAAGUAGUCUAAAUCGAGAUGAAGGUCUUGGACUCGCAUCGCUGAGCGUUAUCUACGGCUCACUCAUCGUAUCAUGCCUUAUAGCACCCGCUAUUAUACGUACUCUGGGUUUAAAAUGGACCAUGUUUAUUGCCAUAUUAAGCUACGUAAUUUUCACUGCUGCCAACUACCACGCCACAUUUUACACUCUCAUCCCAGCCUCUGUACUGCUAGGAUUCGGCGCCGGUCCACUGUGGGCGUCACAGGGUGCGUAUUUAACAACAGCGGCCAUUAAUUAUGCCGAGAUUACAAUAGAACUGCAAGAAACCAUCAUAAACCGCUUCAAUGGUGUUUUUCUCAUGUUCUUUCAGUCUAGCCAAGUUUGGGGAAAUUUAAUGUCUUCGCUUAUUUUCCACAAAGAUGCUGCAAAUCAUGUGCACCCGAUAGGAAACACGUGCGGGGCUCACGAUUGCCCGUCGCAAAAUAACACCGGUAAUUCAUUCGCACCAACAGAAAAAAAUGUUAAGGAUCUUUUGUUAAGUGUGUACCUUGCAUCUGGUGUCGUCAGUGCUCUUAUAAUACUUCUUCUUUUGGAUAACUUGCUACCACGUGCCAGAGAGAGUAUAGAAUCUGAUGGUCUAUCCAAGAGAUUGUUGUCAACAGUACAUUUACUUAAAGAGUAUCGCAUGUUCUUAAUGGUGCCAUUAAUGAUAUACAGUGGCGUAGAGCAAGCUUAUAUUGCUGGAGAUUUCACAAAGUCUUUUAUCAGCUGUACUUUUGGAGUCCAAAUGGUCGGGUACGUGAUGAUUGCAUAUGGUUUAACAGACGCUGUGUCUUCGUUAAUACUGGGACGAAUUGAAGAAUACGUCGGACGAAUCUCAUUAUUCAUUCUAGGAGCCUUCACGCAACUAGGAUUGAUUGUUGUGAUGUUGCUAUGGGUACCGUCUCCCGAUUAUGAGUGGUUGUUUUUUCUCAUAGCUGCACUCUGGGGGCUUGGUGAUGCAGUAUGGCAGACACAGAUAGCAUCAUUUGUAGGAGUUCUAUUUCCAGAACACCAAGAACCGGCUUUCUCAAACUAUCGUCUCUGGCAAGCCCUUGGAUUCACCAUCUCAUUUGCAUACAGUAAUUACCUAUGCGUAAAUGUUAAACUCUACUUAGCGGGAGCACUGUUGGUCACGUCCAUGUUAAUGUAUGGAACUGUCGAGUAUAAAAUUAGACACAUAGAUGUCAGAUAUGCCGAAAUAUAAGUAAGAAUCAACUUAACAUAAAGAGUUCGGAAAU